AUGACUAGCUUAUCUAGCAUCAUUUUACUAGCCAUUGCACUUCGAAUAGGGUUCUUCCUCUUUGGGUUGUACCAAGAUGAACACAUGCCUGUGAAAUACACCGACAUCGAUUACUUGGUGUUUUCAGAUGCCUCGCGUUAUGUUUACCAAGGACAAUCGCCAUAUCUUCGAGAGACUUAUCGGUACACGCCCAUACUUGCAAUGAUGCUCGUACCCAACAAUUGGGGCUCUAUAUGGUACAACUUUGGGAAAGUUUUGUUCAUGGUGGGUGAUUUGGUGACUGGUGUGUUGAUUGCAACAUUAUUGCGUAAACAGGACAAUUUGUCAAAAUCAAAAAGAUUGAUUUUGUCAUUGUUGUGGCUUUUGAAUCCUAUGGUUAUUACUAUCAGCACGAGGGGGUCAUCGGAGAGUAUACUAACGGUAUUGGUAAUGUUGUCAUUGUACUUUUUGAUUGAAAGGAAAUGUGUUUUUGCAUCGGCAUUUUGGCUUGGGUUGGCUAUUCAUUUCAAAAUAUAUCCCAUCAUCUAUAUCCCGAGUAUUUUGUUGUACUUGACAAACGACUCAAAGUCGAUUCUCAAUUAUCCAGUAGUCAAAUUGCUAAACACGCAGAAUAUCAAGUAUGCAUUUUAUACAGUUGCAACAUUGGUAUUGUUCAAUGGCUUGAUGUACCACUUCUACGGACAAGAGUUUCUUGACAAUUCAUACUUGUACCACAUUACAAGAAUAGACCAUAGACACAACUUUUCCGUCUAUAAUAUGGUCCUUUACUACAAGUCAGCAUUAACCAGUACGUCGUCAUCCAAAUUGGAUAUUGAGACAUUGGCAUUUGUCCCACAACUUUUGCUAUCAGGAGUCAUCAUUCCACUAACAUUUGCCAAACGGGAUUUGCUAUCAUGUUUAAUAGAUGGAAGAAGGUGGAACGAACUCCGUCGCUUCGAAUGUCGUAUCAAUACCCACCCAAACUCAUCUGACGGGUCAUCUUACGUGGAACAAGGAAACACGAAAGUAAUAUGCACAGUCCAGGGACCGAAUGAACCCAGCAGUAGAGCUCAAAUGAACCAAGACCGAGCCAACAUAGAAGUCAAUUUGACAAUUGCCAACUUCUCGACAUUUGAGAGAAAGAAGAGGUCGAAAUCGGAGAAACGAUUGGUUGAACUUCGAACCACACUCGAACGAACAUUUGAACAGCUGAUACUAUUGCAUUUGUAUCCUAGAACUAACAUAACGAUAAAUAUACAAGUUUUGAGUCAGGAUGGAGGUAUGCUUGCUGCUAUAACGAAUUCGAUAACUUUGGCAAUAAUAGAUGCUGGUAUUGCAAUGUAUGACUACGUGAGUAGUGUAAGUUGUGGAUUAUUUGAUCAAUCUGCAUUACUAGAUUUGAAUAAUUUGGAAGAAGGUGACGUGAGUUCGAUAACUAUUGGCGUGAUUGGUAAGAGUGAAAAGUUGGCUUUGUUGUUGUUGGAAGAUAAAAUGCCGUUGGAUUCGUUGGAGAAGGUGUUGAGUAUUGGGAUAGCUGGAAGUCAUCGAAUUAAAGAUUUGAUGGAUAUGGAGGUGAGGAAACACGGCAAUGCCAGAGCAUCUAAAUCAAGCAGGUAG